CAAUGGCGACCAAUAUUCAUUCGUCUGCCGAUUCUGGGUCUAUAUGUUUUAUUAUAGACUCGAAUGCUGAGAAAGAUAGAUAAAUGGGAGAUGGAUGGGCGAUGGGUCAUCAUUGUCUCUAUUCACCUAAAAAUUAAUGACCACCAGAAGGGCGGGCAGCCGACAGUUGAAAUUAAGUUCAUUUGGCAAAUAUGCAGGAAAAUCUGCCAAAUAAUUGAUAAAACAAAAAGAAAACUAUAGGAACAUUAACUUAAACUACUUUACAUAUAAAGUGUAGUUUUAAAAAGAGCCCAAAAACUCAAACGUAAUACCAGAGAUCGAAUGAAAACACAGCGAAAAAGCCUCGAGGGGCUGGAAAACCUUUCGCACAGAGUUCGCUUACAAUUGUUUUUAAUUAUGAGCAUUGUUCGUUGCCAGUCGCUGUUCAUUAUGCGGUUAGUUAAUGUCAUUUAGUUCAUCAGCUUAAUUUCCAUCUCUGCCAUUUUCAUUUUCAAUUUUCAUUUGCAGCUCUUCCUUCCUCUCACAGCCACCCCCUCUUUUAAUCGUUCGGCAUUUCUCGUUUCCAAUUUUGAAUAUUGGGUUUUCACUUAUUUAUUUCGUUGAUUUUGUUUCUUCUUUUUUUUUUUUUUUUUUUGGCAAUGAAAGUGAAAUAAUGUGCAAUAUGCAUACACAGAUACUGCAUGCUAUAUACUAUAUGCAUAUGCUAUUAAAGACAGGAGAGAAGACUGACUGCCUCUCAACUUUUGCCACCAUAAAUCACAACAGAUCGCCACUGGACAGUGGAGCAAACUGCAUUUUCACCUCAAAUAAAGAAAGCUUGAUGUUAUUAAUAAUUUCCAUCACAAGUAGGCUCAAUUUUCGAGUCAUUGUGUUAACUUUUAAAGGUAGUUGCCCUAGAUUUUAGUGCUUACUAGUCGAGUCGAAGGAUCUCAGUUCUGUUUCAGUUUUUAGAGAGCACACACGUCUGAAUUUCUGUGAAGUUUUAUUUAUUGGAAAAAAAUCAGUAAAGUUUAACUUUCUUUCCCCGUUGAAUCGAGUGUAAGUUUUCUCUAGCGCAAUAAUGGCUGAGAAAAACAAAACGCUUCGGCUGCUGCGAAUGGUGCGUUCUUCCUUGACGAUCAUCUACAACGAUCACUUCUGCUGGACCUUUAUCAAGAGCUACGGACUAUUCUCCUUGGCCGUACCCCUGGCCAAGUACCUGGACGGUUUCGAGAUCCUGCCCUCCUCUGGCAUCUAAUUUUCUUGUUAGUCAUGCACUUAAAUUAAAUUUUGUUUGAUCAAAGCAAACAAUUAAUCUA